CGUGUCGACGAAAAAAACACGCGCACGUUGACGUUUUCGCUCCAAGCACGCGGAGAACCAACGGAGACAAGUACGAAGUGACGAGAGAGAAUUAAAUUAAGCUUGGAAUACGGCACGGGGAACAUGUGCUAGUGGUGCGAUGUGAGCGAGUGCAAGGGACGCGAGCGGUAAACAAAGCGAAAAUUGUCUGGAGUUUGUAGAGGGAGAGGAAACGGGCGCGAGAGGAACGAGCGAUAAGAGGGUGGUGCUGCGGUGAUCCGCUGCGGAAAUACAGCACACCCUGCACAAUGAUUGUGCGGAGGUGUUUCGCACCAACCGCGGUGUUCGUCGUCCUAACAUUAUUAGUCGGAUUCGACGGAAGUGCGGCUGAACGAUGGUCACGACAAGUCUCAAAUAGCGAGUGGAUUCCCCUGGCUAAUCCGAGGACUGCUCAAUUAUCGCAGAAUAAUGCAGGAAGCGGCCUUUUACCAGCUAGCGACACGCAUCUAUCGAAUCCGAUUCAAUCACUCGCGUUACCGUCGGCUCUUCAGCAACAAUAUCAGGAACAGCUGAUUCAGUUGCAAAAGACACAGGAGAGUAUUCAAAAGCUCUUACUUCUACAACAGCAGCUCAGAGCUCAACAGCAACUUCUUCAGUCUCAGACGUUCUUGCCCGCUGCCGAAAACGAGAAACAUGCACUGCCGCCGAGUUCUUUAAGCAGCUCGCAAACGGCACCUGAGUCCGCAGCACCGGAAGUUUUAGUCCCGCCACAUCCAUCCUCGGAAGCGCUUCCACCGUUAUAUCCUGCUCAAAAUUUCCUUCCUCGAAGACCGGGGCAAGUCCAUCAGAAUCUGAACAAUCAAGAACUAUCGAAUUUGCCUGCUCAGGGCCAAGUUGUACUUCAACACGAUGAUGACACGCAAGAAGGACCUCAUACUUAUGUGAAACACGGAAGUCAAAGACCUGAUGGGAAACAUUUAAAAGAACGGCCGCAUCCAGGAUUAUCGCAAUCUCCUUUGAUCGAAAACAAUGAGGAAGAGGAGGUUCAACUGGUGUAUGUUCCGGCGGAAACCUUAGCGCAAACAGGCCAAAGGGGCCGCGGGAGAAAGCAGUAUCCCGUUCGCCAACAGUAUCAUCAACGAGAGAACCAAAGAAAUGUCGAACAAACUUCGCUCUCUCCCGAUCAAGAAACCUACGCGCGACAGGUGUUGCAACAAAUUCAGAAAGAGCGCGAAGAGAAGGCGCAAUUCCUGAAGGAGGAGCGCGCAAAAGAAUUCACCAGAUUAAAUGAGGAGCAGAAGGCACUCGAGCGAAAGACGCGACUACAGCAGGAGGCUCUUCAGAGAGAGCAAGAACUGUUGCGGCAGAAGGAAGCCGAGAAGAAACGGAAGGAGCUGGAAAAAUUGGAGGAAAUGGCGAAGCAACGAGAAUUGGAACGAAUUCGGGAAGCAAGGGAAAAGCAGAGGCAGGAGGAACUCGAACGACGACGACUCGCUGAACUUCGCGCUAAGGAAGAGAAACGUCGCGAGGAAGAAGCCAGAGAACGUGAGGAGAGGCAAAAGCAAUUGGAACAGCAGAGGAUCCUGGAAGGCACCGGUCUCCAGCAAAAUCCUCAGGCUCUGUUCCGCGAACAAGUGCAUCGCCAGCAUCUCGCGGACGGUAGGCUCAAGAAGAUUCGUGGCAGACAACGUCAACGGGUCAAUCAAUACCAGGAACAGCCGAACUACCGUGAAGUUACGACUACGCCGUCGCCUAAUCAACCUCCUCUCUCUGUUUACAUGGGCAGUCUCGGCUCCAGGCUAGAAUCCGUCAAAGUCACCGACGUUCUAAAGAUCCUGAAAGAUGCGAAAACCAUCGCCGUACUAGACAACGUCGGCCCUACUUCCCCGCAGGUCUUUGUUGGCCCGUCAAACUUGGAUCCUCCUUACGGUUACGCCAAGUUCGAUCUUCCCUAUCUGUCAUCGAUCGAUCACAAUAGAGUGGAGCGCAAGGUCGACAAACUACCUUUCUUUGUGGCUCCGUUGAGCUUCGAUCCGCCACCGGGUUACGCCAAGAUCCCCUUCCCGGCGCCACAUAUCGGUUCGGUCGUCGUUAACACGUUAUCGGAAACGUCCCCGGAGUCAAAUGCACAAGUAGACGAACAGAAUCCUAGUCCGUUGUCGUUGAUCGAACCGAAUUCUUACAACAAUGCCGAUCAAAGUGAACCCAUCGCUACUACCGCGUCUUACGCAUCCUCGACUGCUCAGAACUUUUCCCCAGAAUCCAGCAGUGCGAAAUACGAGUCGCCGUCGUCAGGUUCGAGAUUUAGAUUCAGACAGUAUUACGAUAAUAAGCCGACCUCCGUAAUAAGCACGUCAUAUUACGGUGAACAAUCGACCACGAAGACGACGCCGAAGCAGUCCUAUUACGAGCAGGAGUCCAAAUCGAUUACUCAACCUCCCAAAUUCGAUACGACGGAUAGCUAUAGACAGGAGAUAUCUUAUUCUACGCCAAGUUUUCAGGACGGGACAGUAAGUGCGCAUAAUCCUUCCACGAAGAAACAAGACCUGGCAGCUCAUCAAUUGGCGCUCAUCAAUCAGGAGCUGUCUCAGCAAAUAGAAACACAGAAGUAUAACGCUGCCGAACAAUAUCAAGCUAAUCUAGGUGAAUCGUACGACGCCAAUGACGUCAGAGCGCCAGUUGGACCAGCGCAAUUCAAUUUUCCAGCGGAAUUACCGCCGAUUUCCCCGCAUCUGCCGGGCUUAAUAAACUCGCUGUUGGAUAAACAAGAGGAGAAUCUUCCUGUCACUUCAACACUGCCACCAACAACGACCACGCCGUUAACGACAACAACUGCUCAUGUAAGCUCCACGACCUACAGGCCCCGAGGAAGAGGCAGAGUCAUACCCACGAGACCCAAAACGACUCAGACACCUAGUAAUAAAAUCGAUAGAACACGAAGACCGUCGUACAACAGAUCUAAAUCUAGAUUUUCGACUACUACGGAGGAUUAUCGCGAGACCACUUACGAACCCACGAAGGGAAAAAUACCAGAGACCACACAGAAAUAUAACGCGUUAGAAGAACGCAGGAGACCAACAUCCAGAACGCAGAAAUACAGAAAUCGAGAUAGAGCGAAUUCACAGUCGACUCAAACUCACCAAGCGGCCAAUUACGAGAUCUAUCCAACGCAAAGCGAUUCGCAAAGCAAUGCAUCUCCCGACGCGUACUCGCCGACGAGCGGAUCCACCUCCAAUCUCUACCAAAAGGAAACUUCUUCGUCGGGGAUAAGCGAUUAUACCCGUGAGAAUUAUCCAUCAACCACACCCACGCAGACCGAGAAUUAUCCGCUGUUGCACGAGAUACAACACGGCUCACCCUUGAUGUCCGAUGAUUACACCAAGAGUCAAAAUUAUCCGCAAAAUCGCCCUCAAGAUGCGCGCUAUCAUCAAGAAGCCACGUACGAUCAGAACGGCGCCUUCGAGCAGCCGAGACUCGAACAAGCUCCGGUAAAUGGAUUCAAUUAUCAAGUUGCAAAUGAGAAUUCACCGGACCAGAAUAUUCCCCAAAGACACAAAGAGUAUUCGCGUUAUCAGGAAAAUGCCAACUACAAUCACGCUAUCACGGAAGAUCCGCGAGCCGGCGAGGAACAUCGAUAUUCUUCGAUUUAUGAGGUCAACGUGGCGCAAGCUCAGCCGGAUUAUAACAUCGGUGGACAGAAUUCGUUCCGCAAUAUUGAUGAUGGCAAGAUCGAGGACGGCGCGAUAGAGGCUGAUCCGAAUGCGUCGCCGAUUUUUAUUCCGCUCCAGCAGAACAAGCAGGAAGACUACGAACUGCAGAUUCCCUCUACAGAGGCAUCGAAUAUCGAAAUCGCUACGACCAGUACGACCACUCCGGCGCCUGUAAUAAUACGCCAGCGAGUUCGAGGUCGACUAAGUGGUCGCAUUCAUCAGGAUUCCGCGGUUCAAACGCGACCUCGGGGUUCUCAAGACGAGUAUGUUCGUUUUAGCGUUGUGAAUCACGAUUCCAGCCGCGGCUCGAAUCACAGAAAUCGCGAUGGAUCAAGGACAAAGACACGCGUGCGCCCGCAGAAUCACGGAUCGCAAGUGCAAACCGACGGAAACGAAUACAUAAAGAUACACGCCAUUCAGCAGCAAAGAUUGAUCGCCACCACUACACCGUCGACAACGACAACGACAACCACCACUACCACGACCGCCCGCGCUGAGGAAGAAGACGUCGAUUACGGAUUUAUAAGACCGCCGAAUUUCCGUCCGGUGCAAUCGGGGCAUCCGGUGGAUAACAGAUUUCCAGCACCCGUUACAUAUAGACCCGCCUUAUCCGAGAUACAGCACAUAAUAUCCAACGACGAGACGGCGGUGGAAUCGAGUCCGACUCACGUUUUAAAGACUCGUCCGAAAUACAAUCAGAUCCCGACUCGCCAGCCGACCACGAAAAUAUUCACGACAACGACGGAUACCGUACCUGUUGCAACGGCGACGCCGGAUAACACCGUAUACACGGUGAAACCAAAAACGAGGCCGGACGAACCGAAGCAGACGAGAAUACGAGGAAGAAUUCGCCGACCGGGAAAGAAACGCACGAUGACAAACACGGAAUCCAGUCUCGAGGCAAAUAACGAGCUACCUCUGGACGAGAACUAUCCUCGGAUAACGCAGCAACAACUGCCGGUGACAAGACAGCAGCCUCUCUACGAUGACAAUUUCGACGUGCCGCAAUUCGUACCGAAUCAGAAUCGACCGACGCAGUUUUAUGAGGAGAAUAGUGAAAACGAUCCACCUCAGGAAUUUAUUCUGAACUUUGGCAAUCUGCCGAAGCAGGUGUCACAACGAGAGGAAUACGAUCAGACCCAACUGGCCAGUAUUCCAUCAAGCAAGUAUAGUCAUUCGGAUCGCGCGAGCGAACAUUCCAGCGGUGAUAUUUAUGGCGCCGAGAGUCAAUGGUCCACGAAGCUGUCGAAGACGUCGUUCCAACCGAGCUUCGCCUCGAAUCGCAUGACCGACGACGAGUCGAAGAGGGAACGGAGCAGGAUUCGCGACGAUCAGAAGAACGAAAACGCGCCCGAGAUUAUUACGAUCGAGCCGGAAAUGCCUUCGGAGGUGACCGUGGUCGUUUCCUCCGACUACCAGAAAUCGUCGAACGACGGCGCGGACGCAAUGAUUGAUAGUGCUGCUUUCGGAAUGAAGACAAAUGCGCAGGAUCACACGGAGAAGAAAUUGAAUGCCACAACAGUAAAGACGACGAUACUUCAGGAUCGAAACGGAAGUGAUAAGGAAACGUCAUUCGAAGCGCAGGCCUGGAUGAGAGACAAGGAAGAUAACUCUAUGGAACAGGCAAACGAGGAUACAAAGAUGAAAAAAAUCGCCGAUCCUCUUACCGGAAGAAAGACUCGAAGAAGAAGAGUGCGCGUGCGGGUAAGGCCCGUGAGUAAAGACGAUUUUGUCACUGCCGAAUCGCAACACUUCAAUUCCGCAAUAAACAGCCUGGUUCAAGAUCAUUACAAAUACAACUCGGUUCGUGAAUCGAAAUUCACCACCGACGAACCGACAACUGUCAUCGCAACAACCACCAUUGCCACAGAAACGACGGGGAAGUCUCUGCUGCAGGACUUCUUGGAAGAGAUGCUGAAGAAUGACGAGGUCUCCAUUCCGACACGCGUUACAUCAAUCAUCACGGAAAUACCCGAUCGGACGAUAUUGACGCCGAUGACGACGCCGAUGACGACAUCGUACAUCACUUCCGACAAUAGUGAAGUGACGACUUUGAUGGAAAAUUACACACAGAACGAAACGCUCACCUCGAAUACGAUCGAUGAAGAACGCGUUACGAUGACAAAUAAAAGUUUAACCAAAUGGAAAAACGAUAUUAAAGAAACGACAUCUGAAACAACGUCUGAACAAAUUGUUCAUUUGUCACAGGAAGAAACUAAAGUGCAAGAAGAAGCAACAUCGAAAGAAUAUUGGGACGAGAAUUCUCAAGAAGAUAAAAGUGAGCAGAAUAAUUUGGAAAAUGUCGAAAUAUUCAACCAAAAAUAUAAUCUGUCAUUGAAUUAUCCUGAUGGAUCAGGAACUUCAAGGGACAUCGAGGAUACUAUAGCGGAACUGACUAACUCUCCGAAAGAAGAGAUACAAAAAUUAAGUGCCAUCAAUAAAGGUAAGGAACAUAUAAUGACGUUAAAGAGGAAUGAGAAAAAUGACGAAGGAAAUGACGCGCACCCGAAGAAUCACAGAAUUAAAUGGAGCGAAGUGAAAUACCCGUUAACUCUCGACAAGUCGCAAUCUACGUUAAAAUUGCAGUUCACGACGCCCAUUCCCGGUGUUGUCACGCGAAACGAGGGUGAUUCCAGUGUAAAAACACUCUCCGAUUAUGUAAAGGCCAUCUUCGACAGCAUGAAGAGUGCCGAGAACCAGGAGGAGGUAGAAGAAAUCGCGAAAGUAGUCGAAGCUAAAAAUGAGACUCCCGCAAAGGCAGAUCAAAUAAUCGGCACGACUGACUCUUCGCGAGGCAUUUAUAUAACGCAGAAUAUCGAAGAGAACACGACUAAUCUCGAAAAAGCACAGGGUAUCACAGAGACGACGGCGAAAGAGAAUAAGAUUUUUGAAACAACCACACUGAUCCCAGACACGAACACGGCGGUAUCGUCCGAAGAAACUAUAAUAACAGAGCCUUCCACGACCACCACGCCGACCACAAAAACAACGAUACCGAUUAGACGAGCUACAGACACAGUGAUUAGAGCAAAUUCUACCCAGACGAUGUUAGGCAAGGUCCUCAGAACCUCGACUACCACGAAAGUGUCUCACAUGACAGAAAUUUGCUAUAGAGGUCGAUGCGUGAUGACGAGGCCCAAAAUGGACGAUGUUAUGGAAAGAUGAAAAAAAAAAUCGACGUAAUGAGUUACGUUAUAAAUUCGAUCGAUCAUAAUCGAUUCGAUCAAUCAUAAAGUCCUUAACACUUUUUUAUUCGGUUAUUAAAAUGGAUAAUAAUGUGGUAAAAGAAAAUUUUUAAAACGACACUAUCUUUAUUAGAUGCUAAUUGUUGAAAAAAUGCAGCAAGAAUUAAAUAAUAUUUAAAAUAAUUUCUACAUCAAUACAUUUAGGAAUAUAUGUAUUGUUACAUAAAUAUAAAAUCUAUAAAAAAAACAUGUAUAAAAACAAGAAAUUAUAUAUAAAAAUUAAAAUCUAGCCAAAUAGAAAAGUGUUAAUUACAUUUUUAAAUUAUUAUUUUUUUAUAUAUUGAUCGAUAUAUAUUGUGCUUAUGAAUCGGAUUUUCCAAAGCUAUAUUUGUCAGUCCGUGAAAUCAUAAUUAUGUUUUCGCAUUUUUUUACGUUAUACAUUUUCUCAUGCGAUACAGAAAAUGAUCGUAAUUUCAUAUUAAAUUAUUCCAUUAUUUUAAUCACGUAUUCCAGAUUAUUAAAAAAAAAUGGAUAUUUUUUGUUAUUAGAAUAAAUUAAUAUUUUAUUUAAAAUAUCGGCCAUUAAAAUUCAGCGGGAGAACAAAACAUGAAUUGAUUAUACAAUUAAAUUGCUUUAUACGUCAUACAAAAAUAUGUAGAGAAUGAUCAAUGUUCUUCAGCUUCAUUUAAGAGAGGAUAUUUCAUCGCUGGGAGAUAAGACAUCGUUCAAGAUGUCGCGACAAAUUAUGUAUGUCGGGGUUAAAGGCGAAAUACCAACGUGAUAUCAGCCGUGAAAAGGGACUUCCCUUUCUGGAAAGGAAAUUCCGCGUCGCUGGCGGCAAAUCGAUCGUCCGUCGCGACGCGUGCUUAUAAAAAGGACGCCGAGCGUCCUUCCAGCGAGAUCGAAGCGCGAAAGCUCGACUUAAAGUCGAGUAAUCGUAUCGCUUUAAAAAAAAUAUAUAUAGAGAGAGUUAAGUCUAUUUAAUUACACACACCUGUGUAGCAUACGUGUAAAUUAAGCGUGUAAGUAUUUUAAUAAAGAUGCGAGAAUGCAAAAAAUUGUA